AUGACAGAGGCAAUCGUCGAUUCCAUUCUGUUCCGCAUGAGGGAUGCAAAGAUCAGCAUGUUAGCGAAUGAAGCAGGCAAAAUCUUCUUGUUGGCGAGUAUUCAGUACGAUAAUCAGGUCCGGACGAAUACAAACGAAAACAAUGUUCACACAGGCAAAUGCGUAGACACAGAAAAUGGAAAAGACGGUAACAAGGACAAUGAACCAGCCUUCGAAUUAUGUGGCGUAGCGUGGUCAGCGUUAAGGGGUUUAAACGAUAGUCUAAAACAAUUUCAAGCUUGCAUACCUAGAGAAAGUGACACGAGUGACGUGGUAGAUGCCGCACAGCAGGGAGGGCGGGGCAAUGUAAGAGGUGGUAAUCUCAGAAUAAGUAAGAGUGCUACAAGGCGGAGGACGACGACGACGAUCAGCAACGACCGUGUUUGGGGGUAUUCGGUGGUAUAUGACAUGCUCACUCGUGUCAUCCUCGCAGAGGAGAUGGCGGAAAGGAAAUUAGCCACGGCUGAUUAUUACCGGCUUUUGAGCAAUGAGGAGAGAGGAGCAAUCCAUUCAGAUUAUCUCUCGGGAAAGGGGUGGCGGGAGUAUGAGUACGAUCCCCCGCUAAUUGAGAGGCUCACAAUGGUCAUUGUGAUUGAUGGUAUGAUGAGCGCUAAAGAAGCUUUGAAUCGGUCCGGCAUCACCCCUAGGGGAUGGAAGUAUUACGAGAUGACUUACCCACCUCCUAGAAGUGCGAUCUCCUACUCUACUCAAUUCAAGAAAAACAUGCCAAAGACACAAUCAUGUCCCGCUCCAACCAUCAUGCCCUGA